CUCCUUCGCGAAUCGACGCAGCGUUUCUUCACGGAGGCUCGUCGAGGAAGCAAUCAGCAAAAUGAUUACGGCGUUGCCAGUGCCCUCGGUGAAGGUCUUCCACAAAACUUAUUACCAGGAAAAAGGAUCCAGGAUAGCGAGCAGUCAACCUGGAAGCCCUUUAGCUGAAAGUGAAGCGGUCCUGGCGCUAGUUGACAAAGAACCACCAGAAUAUUACUUUUGUGGCAAGGUCAAUUCUUUACACGUGGUAGUUGGAUCGUUGCUGCUUGGUGCUGUGGUGCUGGUGGUAGGCCUGGUGCAGCUUGCACCCGGAGCAGAAGCUGCACAAAACUCGACCGCCCUUAUUGUCGUCGGGUGCAGUUUGCUGGUGGUCGGUGUGUUCCUUGCGCCCCUCAGAGCUUUGUGCAUCAAGAAACAAAAGGCUGCCCAGAAGGAUGGUACACAUCAAAGAAGUGUUACCAGCAUAGACAUGCUACUGGCACAGCACAGAGACUUCACGGUUCUGACGCCAGACGAACUGGAGGACCUCGUUGGCCGGCCCACCUCUGCCCUGGAGAACAAAAUCCGCAAACAGGGCCACAAUACCUAGGUACUGUCGGCCUCGAAGAAGGCCCAUCCAUCGUCACCACCGUGCUCGAACACGCCAUCAUCAUCGACGUCACCAGGAACUAGUUCAUCCAUUCUCUA